UGGGGGGUGGCUCCAAGAAUCCGGGCCAGAUCUUUUCCUUCCCCUCCCUGCCGCUUCCGUCUCGCUUCCGGCUUCUCUGGCACGCCUCCAACCCUCCGCCAUGGCCCUCGCUUCCGGCACGUCCAGCACCCUCGGCCGGCCCGCCGGCACCGCUCGGCCCCACCUCGCCGUAUCGUCCUCCGCCGCCUCAUCGAUCCGGUUCCCCCGCCGCGGCGGCAGGGCCGUCUCGCUCCGCAUCUCCUCCCCUCCAGCCGCAGCAGCAGCAGCAUCUGGUAGCAUUGCUCCAGCUAUUUCGUUGACCGAAAAGGCCUUGAAACAUCUGAACAAAAUGAGGGCUGAACGGAAUGAAGAUCUGUGUUUGAGAAUUGGAGUGAGACAGGGCGGCUGCUCUGGCAUGUCUUACACCAUGGAGUUUGAAAAUCGAGCAAAUGCCAGCCCUGACGAUUCCAUUGUAGAAUAUGAUGGUUUUGCAAUAGUAUGUGAUCCAAAGAGCCUUCUCUUCAUGUUCGGAAUGGAGCUGGACUACAGCGACUCACUCAUUGGCGGUGGCUUCUCCUUCCAGAAUCCAAAUGCGACAAAAACAUGUGGGUGUGGCAAAUCUUUUGCGACCAGCAAAGAAACUGAGAGCGCAGCGACUGCUUGCAACAAUUAAAAUAGUUCGAUAAUCAUGUCAAACAGUGUUGUAACAUGACAUAUAGCUUGCUCCUGUUGGAGUCUGGUGGCUAUACCACAGAUGCAUACACAAGACUGUAAGAUUGACACGAUUUAUAAUAACAUUCGACAGUCUAGUAUGUAUUCAGCAUCCAGUGGGACUUGUUACUGCUGUAAACCUGUAUGCUUCAAUGGAAUUCAAAGAUAGUUACCAUAA